AUGGGCGUUCCAGUGUCCCUUAUUGUCUCGCUCAUGCUCAUCACAGGAUGCUCAAACUCGCUCCUGACCAAGUUCCAAGAUAAGCAAUGUAUUUCCAAUUGCUCAGCUCCUCCUCCAGAACGUAAUCACUUUGACCAACCCGUUGUCCAAACCGUCCAAAUGUUUAUUGCCGAACUAGGUGUUGGCCUCGUGGUCUUGUAUACCCACCUUGCACAGAAAUAUAAAGCUUCUUCUUCCAAAUCACAGCAGCAACCAAGCCGCGAUCAGUACGAAGAACUCCCAUCCACAGACACAGAAACUACCCUUGAUAACCAUCCAGCUUCUAAUGUUUCCACGCUUACCGGGAAACGCGUGUUUUUGCUUGCUAUUCCUGCUACAUGCGACAUUUUGGGUACCACUCUUAUGAAUGUUGGAUUACUGCUUGUUCCUGUUUCCAUAUAUCAAAUGGUCCGCGGCGCUGUUGUUUUGUUUGUGGGCUUGUUUUCUGUAUUGUUUCUUAAGCGCAAACUUUUCCGCAAACAAUGGUACGCCCUGUUGGCCGUGUUUGGCGGCGUGUUUGUUGUUGGUUUAAGUGCCAUGUACAACUCAUCUUCGGCAACAAGCAACGACACUUCCAAUGACACCCCAGAUCCUGCAGCCAAGGAUGCUGCUGUUCAGGCGACUAUUGGCAUUUCCAUGAUUUUAUUGGCACAGGUUUUUGCCGCCACGCAGUUUGUACUGGAAGAGUUUAUUCUUGAAAAGUACGCCAUGAACCCGUUUAAUGUAGUUAUGUGGGAGGGUGUUUUUGGUACAAGUAUCACGUUAAUUGGGUCUCUUUUGAUUUUCGCUUUGUUUGUCAAGAACCCAGAUGGUUCCAUGUUUAACCUGGUCCAGGGUAUUAAGGAGAUGUUUAGUAAUAAGGCUGUGCUAAUUUCUUCAAUUAUCAUUAUGUUUAUGAUGUCAACGUUUAAUGUCACAGGGAUGGCAGUGACAAGAAUUAUUAGCGCAACGUCUAGAUCCACAAUUGAUACCUCACGAACCGUGGGCAUUUGGCUCGUGUCUCUCAUCAUUGGCUGGGAAACAUUCCAGUUCUUGCAACUGCUUGGAUUCUUGUUGCUUGUAUAUGGAACACUGUUGUUUAAUGGAAUCAUUGAUAAUGAUGAUGAGGUUAAGGAGAAUGUGGAUGAGCUGUUGCCCCACGAGUUUGAGCAUACUUAA